AUGUCGGUGAAGCUGAGGUUUGACUCGUCGUCAGAUGGAGGGCCGGUUUCCCGGACGCGCUCCUUCACUGGACUGGGAUCUUUGACUGGACGCAGGAGGAGCGCUUCUGUCAGAAACUGCCUUCGCUCUAAAGCUGGAUCCGAAACGGCAUCCCCCAGAAUACCCCUGUCUCCAAGCAAAGUGGGAAGAGUCAUGUGGUCCACACAGCCGGAGCAGGUGGACAGGGUUUUCUUGGCACUACGUAAAGGCCUCAAGGAGUAUCUGGAAGGGCAUCAAGUUGAAAUGGACUUCCUGUCUUCUCAACAGCAAGAAACCAAGAGAAACUCCAGGCUGGCCUUUCUGUACGACCUACAAAAGGAGAUCAGAGUGUUGGAAAGAUACAUCCGAAGAUUAGAGUUUCAAAUCAGCAAGGUGGAGGAGCUGUAUGAGACGUAUUGUAUCCAGUGGAGGUUGUGUCAGGGGGCAGUGAACAUGCGCAGGGCCUUCACUUUCUCCCCCUCCAGCCGGGCAACCCGAGAAAGCCUGCUGGAGCUGAACCGCAACCACAGACACAGUUUACAGGACAUGUUGUCAAUGGAAGCCGAGCUGGAAAUCCUUCUGGGAGAGCUGCAGAUAAAAAUGAAAGGACUGAUCGGUUUCGCUCGCCUCUGCCCCGGAGACCAGUACGAGGUCGUGGUGCGUUUGGGUCGUCAACGCUGGAGGAUCAGAGGCAAGAUCGAGUCUGACGACACUCAGACUUGGGACCAGGAGGAGAUGGCCUUUCUUCCACACAUGAACCACAACUUUCACAUCAAGGUGACCGAGGCUAAAGGACUGAGUUGGCAGCUAGUCGGCAAUGUUACAUGUGCCAGUGCGGACUUCUUUGUCUCUAGACCACGGCUAAUGCUGGUUGACAUCACUGAACUAGGAACUAUUAAACUACAGCUGGAGGUCUCCUGGAAUCCAUUUGACAGCAGUGAGAAGAUGAGGCCUCUGUCCAUCAGCCGACAGUCUGUGUCCAGCAGAAAGAGCUCCAUGUCCUGGACCGCUCGCAACACGCCAUCCUUCACCGAGAAAUAUUUUAUGUCUAUGGUCCGAGACCUUCAGGAUGCUGAGGGGUCAUUGCCCUCACUGGUGCCGAAGCUCCGCCCCACUCGAGGAGGCGAGUCUCUGCUCAGUUACUUGUCCCACCAAUCACAGGCCUCCAUACCGUCCGGUCACAGGCCACACAGCAGCAGCACACCCAUCCUGACCAGGACUCACAGUUUCCCGUCCAGUCCCAGUGCUGGCACCAGUCUGGGGGAAAGCCGCUCACAGCUAUCCCUAGACAGAGGCCCUGUGAGGGAGUCCCCAGUGAGCAGCCAGAGGAGUGAGGUUACUACCCCUGACCCCAGCACCAGCGGAUCACUGCUGGUAUUGGACAGAAGCAGCACUCCGGACAUUUUGAGGAAGAGCACUGUGGGAGAAGCAGAAUGUGUCAGUCCUUUAACAUCUCAGGUUUCAGCUGAUGCUGAGUCCUUCUCUUUGCCUCAGCCCCCACAAUCCAAAGCACUCACACUCACAGACACUGAUAAAGCUGUGAGUGCGGUCCAGCGCAGAGCCCUGUCCCACAGAGUGGGGGCGCUCAUCACUCAUCUGGAGGAAAGCCUACAGAACAACACAGAGAACAGAAAAUCAGAGAAAGAGCUGAAAGCAUUGGACCAUCAUCUGCUGCACCUGGCCACCAUACUCAAGAAUGACCUGUCCCUAAUGAGGAGUGCAUGCUCAGAGGACACCCUGGCUGUGGAGGAGGUUCUGGGCAGUUUUGACUUUUUAUCCAAUGACUUGAACGCAAACGACGACAGCACCUCCUGUGUGGGCAGCAUCAGGCACAAAGACAGCGGAAUCAGCUUGUUUAAGGAGAGCCCCCUGAGAAGCAUGGGCGUCAGCCCGUCAGCCUCACAGGAGGAGCUGGGGGCCGUCCCUCUGACUUCUGGGAACUGGAGUCUGGACCAAGCCAUGGAGAUUCACCUGGACAUCUGCUGCAGCCUUCUCCAGGUAUUGCAGCUGACAGACAGCGCCCCCUCUAGGCAGGACCUUUUGGACGAGGUGUCACUUCAAACUGAGGCCCUGGACAAAAUCAGCUCUCUGCUGCUGCAAAAGAACGACCAGAUCUCAAUGAAAGAUAUUCUGCCAAAAGCUCAGAGAACCCGGGACCUGCUGCAGUUCUGGGACGACUGCGCAGAUGAUGCCACGUCUGCUCCCUUCUGUUGCCAUGUCAACAGCUUCUCCCGGUGUCUGCGUAAACGAUACAUGCACAAGGUGAAUGCCAAACAGCCCGGCCAAUCAGAGAGAGUCUUUGACCAGCUACUCCAGCAGGUGGGGUCAGUGUGCAGGGCUGUCCCCAGUCCCUGGUUGUUGACCAGCAAACACAGGCUAACGCUCUUCCAGCUAACCCUCUACAUGCAGCGCUGGGGUGUUACCGACCUGGGGGAGCACAUCUCACAGCUCUCCAAAGAAGAGUGCAUCCUGUGGUCUCUGCGGGGGCCAAAGAGGAGAAAGGCUUUGAGUAGACUGAAGCAGAGACACUUGCGUGAGCUGCUACCCCUCAGACAGACCCUCCACACACUAGGUUCUCUGCUGACGGACCCUCACCAUAAAGUGUGCAAGGCUGCAGGCAGCUGUCUGAGCAGGUUCGCCAGUAACAAGAGCUUCAGGAGCAAGGUAUGCAGGCACUCCAGAGCUUUAUUCAUGCUGUCCCUUAAAAUGUACUAA